AUGUACGAGGACACCCAUCGCUCGACGGAGAGGGGACCUUACGAUCGACGAAGAUCCCCUCCGCGAGAUCACAUCAACCAGCACCACUCCCACAACGACGGCUAUCGGACGCGGCAGGGAAUAACCUCGAGCUGUCCUACGACGACGACGACACCAUCAGCUACGCCGCCAAGGACAACCGACCCCGUGACGCUGAUCGCGGUCGCCUACGUGAUUGGCAUCGUGACGGGCCAGAGUACCGCCCCAGAGACUACGACGAUCGCUACUAUCAUGGACCGCCGCGUGAGGCCUACCAGCCACGUCCUGGAUCGAGAGAUCAAGGCCGUGGUGGGCAUGACGAUGUGGAUCGCCGUGAUGAAGACCCUCCGCUACUUCACCCAUAUGACGGCGACGACCGCGGACCACGUCGUUACGAUCGAGGUGGCCGGGGCUACCCUCGCUCUCACCACGACGAUGGCACUCGCCGCGAUGAUGCCCGACGUGGUCCUGACGAGGAUUUUCGUCAUCUUUCCCCCUCUCCAGGUCGCAGCCCAGGUCGCUAUUCUCGUCGCGAUCGCUCUGCAUCGCCUCUUCGACAAGCUGGUGCUCCGAGUGACACUGUGA